AUAAAAGUUUGUAGGUCGAAGGUGAUAAAGUGGCACCGGCAUGCAGGAAGACAGCAGAAUCGCGAUGCCGGGGUCCUACUUCAGUCUAGCGCGUCGGCGUCGCACACUUGAAGUUCUUAUUCUCAGCUCGAACUUUCCCGGGUUCAUAACGGAUUCUUACUGACCUGUGUGUGAGAUAAACUGUGUUUAUGAAUUAAUGGAGACGUACUCCGGUGCCUAUUGCGAGCAGACGGACUCGGCGAAGCAGCAGGAGAGACAUUACUACCUCUUGUCUGAGCUCCAGAUGCUUGUGAAAGACUUGCCCAGCUCUUUCCAGCAGCGCCUGUCGCACACCACCCUGAGUGACUUGGCCCUUGCGCUCAUCGAUGGCACCGUGUACGAAAUCGUCCAGGGACUGCUUGAGAUCCAGCACCUAACGGAGAGGAACUUGUACAAUCAGAGACAGAAGCUGCAUAGUGAACACAGAGCUCUGAAACAGGAGCUUGUUCGCAAGCACAAGGAAGCACUACAGGCCUGCAAAUCCCACAACCUGGCAGUUCUGAGGAUGAACCAGCAGGCGGAGACAGAGGCCUUGGAGCAGCGUGUGAAGGAGGAGCAAAGCAUGAUGGAUGAGAAGAUUGUAGUGGAGCUGGACCAGAAGGUGGUGGACCAGCAGACGACACUGGAAAAGGCAGGGGUUCCAGGCUUCUACCGGACCACCAGUUCCCAGGAAUUGACCAUGCAGAUGAACCUGCUGGAGCUGAUUCUCAAGCUGCAGCAGAAGGAGUCUCAGUCUAGGAGCCUUUCCUGAGGGCUGUGUGCCUCCGGAGGAGGGGGGGCCAUGGCCAAGCCUGCCACCUACACUUGCAUGAACAUCACCCCUUGGUGUUCUGGUCUGACACGCGGCUCUUGGGUGAAGAUGCCUCCUACCAUGAUGCUGUAGAAAAUUCCAUCGCAGUCGUCCUCUGAGGGGGACUUUUUGGAGGAAAAAGCAGUUAUCAAAUGGAGUUUAACGACAUAAUGGGGGUCUUGUCAGCGCUGCUGAGCUUAAGAAUCCUAUUUUCUGUGUUUCUUACUGUAGCAUAAAUGUCGGUUUGUGUGUAUGACACACUGACAUAUGUCACUUUAGUCUUUUUUUUCUGUAAUCUUCAGCUGCAACUAAAAUUGUUUUAUUAAAAUGAGGCUCUGUUGCCCCAUUUCCAAAAUGUGAAAAUCUGAUGGUAAAUAAACCCGUUAAUAGUUCUGUUAA